AUGCCUAUCAAAUAUUUUCUCGUUACCGAUGGUGCCGAUGUUGUUGCUGAAGCACCAACUCAGCAAAAACUCAGAAUGAUUCUCAUGGAUAAAGUUGUACCCAAGUUGGAGAGAACAAAUCAUAAGAGAGUAUUGACCAAUGAUGAUAACAAUAUUUAUGUAAAAUACAGUGGAAGAUAUUAUUACUUUUGUAUCGCAACCCAAGAAAUCAAACAAAGAGUUUGUUGGAACUUGAUCGAUGAAGUUGAAAAUGAAACAUUGAAAAAUAAUUUGGACAAAAGUCUUUUGAAGGAAAAGCUAAAGUUCUACAACAAUCCCGAUAAUGACAAAAUUCAAAAGUUACAAAACGAGAUUGAUAGGGUUCGUGAUGUCAUGGUAGAAAACGUUGAUAAAAUCUUGGCUAAUCAAGAAACUAUGAAUGGUUUAAUUGAAACCACAGAGGAACUCGCUCAACAAGGUGAAGAAUUCCAAAGAGGAGGAAGAAAGUUGAAGUGGAGCAUGAGAAAACGUUUAAUUAUCAUCAUUGUUAUCAUUAUCAUGGUCGUUUCAAUCAUCCUUGCAAUUAUCAUUAUUAUUUUGAUCGCCUAUUUCGCUCCAAGAGCAAACAACGGUAACAACAAAUAA